GCAGCCGCAAACAUACAUGCGGCAUUCGCAUUGAAUCAAAAGCGAUAAGCAAUAUUAAAAAGGCGGGAAGUCGCGGAAGUCGUGAGCACAUCGUGAUGGUGCCAUCGUGUUAGCUCUUGUAUCCUCGAUAGACGUAAAUAUUUCACUCGAGUUCGUAACACGAAAGUGAUUUUCACGAGUUUAUAUUCGCGUCAUUAUUAAUCCCAUAAUCGAAGUUCUGGACAUCUCGUAUAUGCUUAAUGCAGUUUAACAAUAGUCUCGUCAUUGAUGUUAUGGACAAUAACGUUUCUAACAGUUUCGAUUAAUUUUUCAUCGUUGGAAUAUUCCCAUCUCUUUCAAAAAACUUUCGGUGGAAUUGAAGGAAAGGAAAAAUGAUGGCAUCACGUCUCUAACGAAACAGAGUCCACGAGUAAAGUAGAAGAGGAAGAGGAGUAGAAGGAUAUUAGUAUCGGAGUAUGAAAGACAUCAAGCAAUAUUUCGCCAAUGGCAAAAAUAUUGUCAAUAAGGAGACUACUGCUAUUGAUCAUGAUAAUGUUUCCGCGGAAAAGGAAGAGACUAUUGCGAGAGGUAAACGAAAACGCGUGAAAAUACGGAUAUCACUCAACGACUCUGCUAGCAUGUGUAAUAUAAUCGACAGCAAGAGUGACCUGAUUGACAAAACGCCUAGCCCGUUCAACGGUAAGGUAAACAAUAGUCGAAGAAUUCGACGAGACAAAACAUCAAAACCAGAUUUGGCUGAGUCGGACUUGAAGUCACAGCUGGAAAAGUAUUCAGAACCUACUGUGGAAACAGAUGGCAAUCAAUCUGAAAAAAUAGGGAAUGUCUCGCAAGAAGGUUUAAAUAAACAAAUUGUGGAUUUAGAUGACUCAUGCAACAAUGUUAUUAAUUGUAAUGCUAAAACUGAACCAAACAUGGAAUUUUACAAUAAAAUUGAUUCUCAACGAGAAGAAUCAAAUGCUUUCCAGGUUUUGAUGAAUCGUAGUAAACCAAUACAAUAUAAAUUAUCACCGCAGCAGUCCACAGAAGACAUUGAAAGUAAAGAAAAAUCAGAUUAUGUAAAAGAAUUGAAAUUGAAAUGCAAAGAGAAGCUGAUAGUUCUAGCUGAUAAAAAGGGAUAUUCAAAAAGAAAAAUGGUAGAAAUAGAAGAAGGUGAGAGAAUAGAAAGGAAUAUUGAAAAUCGCAUGAGAUUCUUUAAAGGUGAGAGUAAAGGCAACGUUAUACAUAAAAAGGAUAACAGCUUUGAUCUGUCAAUAAAAAAUAACAAACAGUCUGGCAACUUGCUGGAUUACUUUAGUAAAUCACCCUUGGGAUUGGUAAAUAAGGACGAAAAAUGCAUGUCUACUUUUGUUGUAAAAGCGGAUGUACACAGGACUCAUAAUUCUGAUGGUGAAUCUGCAGUGAAACCAAUAAUAAAUAAAAAAUAUAAGAAAUAUCCAAAGUCAGAGUUAGAUCUUUCUACAGCUGAUGAUAUUCACAUUAUAGCAUCUGAGAAUUUGUUUUCUUCACAUUCCGUCAAACAGGAUAAGCAAAAACGGGAAAAACCCCGUUGGUCCUUACGCAUAAAAUUACAUUCUGAGGAGAAUAAUUCUUUAGAUGAUACCGAUGAUGAAUUAUUUUCACCAAUAAGCAAAUCAAAAUUUAAUGCCUCGAGUAAAUCUGAAAAUUCUAUGGAAGAUAACGAAAUCAACACGAAGGAUUACGAUCGACAUCUUAAGAUGAGAGUGCGAAACAAGAAGAAAAAAGAAUUGAUUAUAAAGGACAGCAACAUUUCAAACACAGUGAAAGAUGUUUCUCUGGACUCUUCUAAUGAAGAUAUUGAUUCGAAGUCAAACAAAACGGAUGAAAAGCAGAAAAUUAAUGACGCAAGUAAAAUAACCGUUAACAUAGUAAACGAUGAUGCCAAAUGUAAAAUCAUCAGUGAGAACAUUCUGAAGAGAAAAUCGAAUGAAAAGCUAGCACCUUUAUUUACUAAACGACGUAAAACAGAUCAUCUGGCUAUUACGGCAGCCAGACGUUUAUUUUUGCAAUCAGAUAUAGUCAACAUGAAGAAUACAAACCAUAAAACGAACAAUGACACAUUACUGUUAUCCACGGUAUAUCAAUUUCCCGCUAUCAGUCAUGUUACGCAAUUGGAAGAUGAACUAGACUUGACUAGAUCCGAAAUCAAACAUAAAUUUCCGAUAAAAAUUGAGAAGAAAUAUUUGCCUUCGUUAGACAUUAAUAAUUAUAAGUAUAUCACUAAUUGUAGAGAAGUAUCAAGAGCAGCUAAAAUAAUUAACGAACCUGUAAAGGAAGACAUUGAACGAGUAUUAUCGGAAAUCGAGAAACUUUAUCCGGAUGUGCGAAAAAUGUGGAAGACUAUAUCGACUAUUAAAGGCGAUUCAGAAAAGAAAUCUUCAUCUAAGAUGAGAGGUAGAAAGACAAGAUCGCUUGAACGAAAGAGACUGUUAACGGAUAACAUUGCGAGCGAGGAAAAUCAGUCGCACAAUUGCAUGUGGACACAUAAAUAUAAACCGAUGAGUGUACAAGAGAUAGUCGGGAACGAAGAGGCCGCGGGCAAGCUAAAAGAUUGGUUGAGCGGUUGGAGAGCAUCCUUAACGAAGGAAAACGACGGCAGCAGCGGUGACGAAUUUUAUUCCUCAGACUGUAGUUCCUCGUGCAAUAAUGAAAAUAAUCAGAUCGCUGUGUUAUUAGGACCUCACGGCAGUGGAAAAAGCGCAAGUGUAUAUGCGAUAGCAGAGGAAUUUGGUUACAGUGUGCUUGAGGUAAACGCAUCUUCCAGACGGACUGGAAAAAGAAUUUUGAAGGAAUUAGAGGAAGCUACGAAGUCUCAUCGAAUUAAAAAAAGUAAACAUAAAUCUCCAUUUGAACGUAUCACGAAUGAGAAUCAAACUUCAAAAAUAUCGCAAAAUUCACUAAUUCUUUUGGAAGAUAUUGAUCUUAUCUUUGAGGAAGACGAAGGAUUUGUUUCUGCCGUGUAUCAAUUAGCAUCGAAUACCAAACGACCAAUUGUUAUGACAUGUAGAGAUACAUGCCCUCAUUUGAACAAAAUGGCACCACAACAGAACAAAAUUUACUUUCAUAAAGUGAAUGGCAACAGGGUGUCCGUCUUGCUAGAAUUAAUUUCGCUGGCGGAGACAGGUUACAGACUUCCUCACAAUUGCCUAGUAACAUUACUGCAAACGGGCGAUCUAAGACAGACACUACUCCAGCUGCAAUAUCUGUUAUUAUCAGGUCCACCAAUAUUAUUGGAACAAUCUACGAUCAUGAAGCCAUUACUUUGGCAGGACGCGCAAUAUUAUUUGUACAAGCCUGCAAUUAAACUAAACAAAAAACACAAGACAAAAAAAGAUACCAAAAGCUCCAAUAAUACCUAUAUAUUGAACAAUUUAGCGGAGGAUUUGAACAGUUUGUCUCUAAUGUCAUCUUUAAUUAACAUUGAAGAUAUGACGUUGGAUAUGUCAGAGAAAAACACGCAACCUAAUUUAUCCUUAGCUGAAAAGAUGUCUUUUUAUUUCGCUUUACAUGACUUGAACGAAGAUAUAGCAAAUUUUAUAAAGGGCCAAGUAUUGUAUAAAGAUCUCAAGGUGAACGAGCACGUGCAAAAUCGAAGCAAUAUUAUUCUGAAAAAGCAACUGAAUCGAGGAGUAGAUCUGGCACUAUCGCAUGUGACAUCCGCGUGCUUAGAUCAACGGAUCAUGGCGUUAGAUUAUCUUCCAACCGCACGAACGAUAUGUCGCGCGGAAAAUUCUCGCUCGACCACAAAUUGCAAACGAGGCAGUCGAUUUUUCCAUUAUCUGCAUAAUUUAAAAGUGCCGACCUCGUUGAUGAAACCGAAUAUCUUAGCUGCCGCGUGUAGAAUGUUACAAGAAAGAGUGAAUGAUCAAGCUGAAUCCAAGCGUAUAGUGAGUGUCACUAGUGAUUGACACUUAAAAGAAAAAAAUAUAUAUUUUUUUAUACAUGAAGAUUUAUGGAAUUUUAACAUCGCGGCAAAAAUUGCAAAAUAUAUUUUAAUGCUUUAAUAUGUUAUUUAUGUCUAAUUACGUCUAAUUAAAAUAUGUGUAUAUAAUGACUUGUUGCUUGUUGUGUAUAAAAAAUAUAUAAUCUAAAUAUCAUGGCUAUUUCCUCUGCAGUAUUUUUUUUCUUUUUUGUAGUUAAAUUUAUUAUAUUUUAGUGAUACAGGUAUAUUAAAAUAUUUUAAUGAUACAGACAUCUAUUAAAAAUUAGCUUGAUAAAAAAUUACAUUUUGAAUUAUUUAUAUUGAUAGAGGAAACGUAUCGUAAUAGCUAAUUUUUUACAAGUAUAUUCUUUAUUUUUAUCACACAUCUAGCGCUAAAUACAAUCGUUCAAUUUUGUUUAAGUAAAGAAUCAAAACACUACAGAAUAAAUGUAGAUUUUUGUACAUUGUUAUUUGUAUUUAAUUUUUAAAAAUAAAACUCAAACGGUACAUA